AUGGGGGGCUGCCACGCCAAGCCGCGCACCCGCGACGCCGACGGCGCAUCCCCGCCGCCACCCGCGCCGGCCACGCCCCCGCCGGCCUCCUCCACGGCGCCCGCCACGCCGGCCUCCAAGAAGCACUGGACGUCCUCCCCCUUCUUCCCCUUCUCCACGCCCAGCCCCAGCCCGGCGCACCACCUCUUCUCCUCCUCCGCGGCCUCCCCGAGGACCUCCUCCAAGUCCCCCGCCCCGGCGGGCUCCAAGUCCCCGGCGCCCACCACCCCGGCCAGGCGCCUCCUGCGCCUGCCCUUCCCGCCGCCCUCGCCCGCCAAGCACAUCCGCCAGGCGCUCGCGCGGAGGCACGGCCCGUCGCGCCCGGCGAUCCCCGAGGAGGGCGGCGACAGCGACGGCGGGAGGGGCCUCGACAAGGGCUUCGGCUUCAACAAGGGCUUCGCCGCCAAGUACGACCUCGGGGACGAGGUCGGGAGGGGCCACUUCGGCUACACCUGCGCCGCCAGGAUCAGGAAGGGCGCGCGCAAGGGGGACGCCGUCGCCGUCAAGGUCAUCCCCAAGGCCAAGAUGACAACAUCCAUUGCUAUAGAGGAUGUCCGGAGGGAGGUGAAAAUUUUGAAGGCUUUAGCAGGGCACAAGAACUUGGUUCAGUUUUAUGAUGCAUAUGAGGACAACGAAAAUGUCUACAUAGUCAUGGAGUUGUGUGAGGGCGGGGAGCUUCUGGAUAGAAUACUUUCCAGAGGUGGGAAGUACUCCGAGGAUGAUGCAAAGUCUGUCCUGGUCCAAAUAUUGAAUGUUGUCGCUUUUUGCCACAUCCAAGGAGUGGUUCACAGGGAUCUCAAACCAGAGAAUUUUCUUUUUACUUCGAAAGAUGAGAACUCUCAACUUAAGACAAUUGACUUUGGAUUAUCAGACUUUGUAAAACCAGAUGAGAGACUAAAUGAUAUAGUUGGAAGUGCUUAUUAUGUUGCUCCGGAAGUUCUACAUAGAUGCUAUAGCACAGAAGCGGAUGUAUGGAGUAUAGGUGUCAUUGCAUAUAUCCUCCUUUGUGGCAGCCGCCCUUUUUGGGCACGCACUGAAUCUGGCAUAUUCCGUUCUGUUCUCAAAGCUGACCCCAGUUAUAAUGAGGCACCUUGGCCUUCUCUAACUCCAGAAGCAAUGGACUUUGUUAAGCGCUUGCUGUGCAAGGAUCCACGUAGAAGGAUGACUGCAGCACAAGCUUUAGGUCAUCCAUGGAUUAGAAAUUACAAUGACAUCAAGAUGCCAUUGGACGUCCUUAUAUUCCGUCUUAUCAAAGCUUAUAUUCGUUCUUCAUCAUUACGUAAAGCUGCUCUGAAGGCUUUAUCGAAGACUUUGACUGUUGAUGAGCUUUUCUAUCUCAAAGGGCAGUUUUCCUUAUUAGAACCUGACAGAAAUGGAUGCAUAACUCUAGAUAAUAUCAGAAUGGCCUUAACAAGAGAAGCCACGGAUGCGAUGAAAGAAACACGAGUUCAGGAGAUUCUUGUCUCGUUGAGUGCUCUUCAGUACAGAAGAAUGGACUUCCAUGAGUUCUGUGCAGCUGCAGUAAGUGUUCACCAGCUUGAAGCAUUAGACAGAUGGGAGCAACAUGCGAGAUCAGCUUAUGAAAUUUUCGAGAAGGAUGGCAAUCGAGCCAUUGUAAUUGACGAACUAGCUUCAGUAUGUCAUGUCUUCCUCUCCACCCACGUUCAUUUCCUAACUGAUAAAAAUUGGAGUCUCUUCACACAUUUCCUGUGGUGUUUCAGGAACUGGGUCUCAGCCCCUCGGUGCCGCUGCACGUUGUUCUGCAGGACUGGAUCCGGCACACCGAUGGGAAGCUCAGCUUCCUCGGGUUUGUCAAGUUGCUGCAUGGCAUGUCCAGCAGGUCCCUGUCAAAGAUGA